AUGCAUCUACACCUGCAUUUCAAAGAAACCGUCCUCAACUUUGGCCCUGUAUACGGGUACAGGCUCUUCAGCUUUGAGAGAUACAAUGGUGUAUUAAAAAACUAUACUACAAAUAACAAAGAUGGAUUCGAAGGCACGUUCAUGCGAAGAUACCUUGAGGACACACGCAAGAUAGAUCUUUUCCAUACAACAAUGCAAUCUCUCCAGACCCCCUCUCAAGUCUCUUUGAUAUAUGACCUCGUUGAUUCAUUUCUGACUCUUGUCACUGUCACUGCCGCUACCACUACCACUAUUGUCCCCACUGCACUGUACUUGUCAACCACUUCUUCUGGUUUCAAUCUGAAGAUCUUCCUUGCUUCCGCUGAAGUGAACAUCAACAAUGUCAAAGGCAACAAGCCAUUGCGUUCUUCUGUCUUCCCUCUCAGUCUUGAUGAGGUUUUUUCAAUGAAAGAAGACGAGUAUGUCCUUCUGCUUGAGUUAUACUGUAUGGCGUACAGCAAUACUUCAUUGAGAGGCUACCAAGACGUGAUAUUUGGCCAAUUAUUCAUGAACAACAUGAUUCAGAAGAUGCAGCCCAUCAAUCUUCUUGGCCAGGUAUAUAAAGGCAGCAAUGGUAUAGUUCGACAUGGUUCAAUCAUACAAGCAAUGUUUCAUGAAAACAAUAAUCAUGAAAUGAGUGCGUUUACUGGCCAGAUCCAAUAUCUUUUUGUCAGCAAUAUCAUCAACCCAGUUACAUACCAAGUGGACAGACAUAUAUUUGCAUAUUUCAUGUGGUAUAGAACAUCUAGUCAAGAUACAAGAAGUGAGCAGUUUGUAGAGAUGAGCGAAUUUUUGUUUACAAGAAGCAAUUUUCAAAACAUCUUAUCUGCUUACCGCAUAUUGAUGCCUGCUGCCAUUGGUGUACAUACAACUGCCACUGGUAAUACCCAUAUGCUCAUUGCCCCUUUAUAUAGAAAAAUUUAUGCAUAA